AUGGGAGAACACCAGAACCUGACAGAGUUGGAACUAGAAACACAGCUGCGUGGCCUGGGACUCAGUGAGGAAGACGUUCAGACGCUCAUUGAGGAAGCGUUCCCAAAACCGGCCGUCCCCGUGUCGCAGAUCAGCGAAAAUGACGAAGAGGAAAUGGCGUUUUUAAUAAACUGUUUCCCGACCAUCCCAAGGUCUACUUUGAAGGCAAAGUUGCUGGAAAACAAGCACGACCUGGACGUGACUACUGAAGUUUUACUGAAUUACGAGCUUUUGAAAAACGAGUCAAGCCCGCAGUUUUUUGAUAAACGGCUGAAAAAGCAGCACAAAACGCUUGUCAAGCGUGAAAAAAAGGGCAAUAUCAACCGCACCCAGGAUCUUGAGCUGCUAGCGCUGGCACUGAACGUCUCACAAGCUGAGGCAGAAGAGUUGUACGACAUUCACGAUCAAUCGGUCAGUAAAGUUCUCCAAAACUAUUUCAAGUCAUCUGCAUGGGAUAUGCGAACAAUCUCUACCCUAGUGACCGAACUUGACCGGCCCAGGCCUAGGGUCGAAACGUCCGAUGCGAAGCGUGCUGCAUCUGCUGCACCAUCUCAACAACUGCUUGACAGUUUUGGCGACCAACCAAUUACUAAGACCAGCGUCAGGCAGAUGAAGGAGAACUAUCUUCGGCGUAUGGACACUCUUCUGGAACAGGCACACAACCAUAGCCAACGCAUUGGCACGAGGCAUCUGGCCGCAGAGUACAGGCAGGAAGCGGCAGAUUUGAUGAAAAAGCUUAAAGAACUGCAGGUGCUCGAAUUUCAUGUUAAAUCUUACAACCAGCAAGCAUCGGCGAUUGAUUUUCACGGUAUGACAGUGUCGGUUGCGCUAGCUCUAUGCGAAGACAAAGUGGAUCACUGGCUGGUCUGCUCGCGUGACCGAACUCUGGAGCUUGUGACUGGAGCAGGUCUUCAUUCUUCCGAUCGAGUGCCUCGCAUCAAAAACGCAGUGAGAAGGUACCUCGAUCAACGUAAUCUCAACUACGAAGAAUUACCUGGAAGCUUUGUUGUUCACCGCUAA